AAACGGUUAAUGCAUCGUGCAAUAUUAUGUUAUAUUGACCGAAAUUAUUAGCGUUAGUGUUUGUGUAAAGUUUUUAAUCUGUUUGGACGAGUUAUUUGUGUUUGGAUUACAUCUGAGAGUGGGGACGCUUUCCCGCGCAAACGCAAUUUUGGGCCGAGCGCGACUGUAGUUCCAUUAUAACUAUAAAUAUGUACAUUUGUUAAAGUUUAAAUAUGUAAGGUUACGAAUUUGAUGUGUUUUGUUUAUAAGCCUGUUUUAGGUAAAUGUAAGUUCAGGAGGAUAACACAAGCACUUUGUCUGGAUACACAUUUCAGCGCUCUUUUACAGAAGCAAGAUGGGUAGUUUAUGGUAUUUGAAGGUGUUUUAUACACUGUAAAACUACACAAAAAUUGUGUUUUGAACCAGUUUGUACAGUGAAAUGGAUAAAGACAAUGUAAUGUAUUUACAGAAAUUGUUUAUUGGGAUAAAUUUAGAUAUGUGUUGAUUAGGAUAGAGAAGAUGAGAGAAAAUGUAUGUUAUUGAGACUGAAGUACUGAUUUAAGUGAGAUAAAGGCUGAAUUGGGGGAAUGUGAAAUUGAACUACGUAAAACUGAGAUGAGGUAAAAGGGAUAUGCAUUGUGCUUAUCUUGACUGUUAUGAUACAUGAUGUUAAAUAAAUCUUACUGGGAGGCAAUCUGGAAAGGAAACGAGACAACCUGUGUCCUCAUUCCUCUGCUUUACCUGUUUUAUACAGGUGACACCAUUAGGGAAAUGACUGUCCAAAGGUCAGUAAUGACAACCCACUCCCGCUGUAGUUUACAACCUUCACUCACUCCAGGAAAGACAGCACAACGACAAGCAGCAAGAUGAAGCACCUGUUGUUUUGGGGAAUGGUUUUUGCUGCAAUCCACAUCAGCCAUUCAGCGGUUCCAGAAUUCUGUCAGUUGCCCUCUGAUGCAGGUGAAGGCACGUCCUUCCUGUUUUUUGUGUAUUAUGAUCCCGUCAAAGACCAGUGCGAUCCUUUCAUAUACAAAGGCGAAGGAGGAAAUGCCAACCGUUUUGUAAAUGAAAGACAGUGCAUAAGGAACUGUUCCACCCGUGCAGAGAGUAUCUACCCCAUGGUUGAAUCUGAAGCUUGCCACUUCAAAAAGGCCAUAGGUGAAUGUAGUGGUCAGUAUAUGAGGUAUUAUUACGAUUCUGUUCAUAACAAAUGCAAACGCUUCAUUUGGUCUGGCUGCAUCGGAAAUGGAAACAGAUUUUUCGACUAUAACAGCUGCAAUGCCACAUGUGCUGGCAUCCACGAUGACCGUGAUGAACCGGAAGAGGACGAGCCAGACACUCCUAUUGAUGUCCCCAUCAUUACAAUGUUGUCCUCUUCAACAGCGAUCAUCUGUGGAGUUUUGCUUGCUGCCAUUGUUGCCUCUAUCUUAAUAACUGUGAUCGUCUUGACCGUUCAGUCAAAGAAAAAGGUCUCAAAGAAGGCACAAGGAAAAAGUAAAGAGCACAAGUCUGAGUCACCUCUUCAGGGGCACGGAAUUGAAAUGGCAUAGAUGAUCAUGUCACCUCGACAUGUGGAGUUUUUACCAGAGUGAUUAUCAUUAUAAUUGUACUAGUCUUGAAGCCAAACAUAUCAACUGAUUAUUACAUUUAAGUCCAAUUAAGAUUUUUUUAAUGACAUAUGUAGUAGCAAUAACAGUUUUGUUCAGUUUUGUAUUUUGGUUCACCUCAACGACAUGUGCAAAGUGAUGUCUCUUAAGUUGUAUUUUUGGCUGGGAGCUUUAUCCUAUGUUUUUAUUCAGUAAUCCUAAAUAAAUCUGUUUAGUCAGUGUAAUCAAAAAGAAAACAGAACUCAAACAAUUUGCCAAUUAAUCCAUCGAUUGAACUGAUUAAUCAGCAACUAAUUUUUCAAGAAAAAAUGACAGCCAUUCCCUUUGUUUCAGCUUGUUAGAAUUUCCUGCUUUUCUUUCUCUUAUGUGCUAGCAAAGUUAACAUAUUUAGUUUUGCAUUGUUGGUUGGACGAAACAAGCAAUUUAGGAUCAAGGAAAUUGUGAAUCCUCAUGAAUUUCUGAUUUUAUACACCAAACAGUUAAUUGAAACCUAAUCAGUAUAUUAAUUAUUAAUAAAAAUUAAUUGUAAAAAAGACAUCCGUCAAACACAUCCAUCAUUCAUGCCGGAAAACUUCUAUUUCUUGUUCUAUUUCUGUUUAAGACAUACAUUCGAGCUCAGGAGCAGAACUACAUCAUUUCAACUUCAGACACUCAUGCUCAUCAUGUGCACUGUUAUCUGUUGUGUUUUUAGCUGUGUGAGAAUUUCAGUGUUUCAUUUUACCCAACCCUAUGAGUGAAAUUAACUAUGAUGCUGGGCUGCUGCUGCUGCUACUACUUCUACUACUACUACUACUGAUACAAUUAUUAUUAUUAUAACAGCAUUCAUAUAUUAUAUAACAAACAUUAAUGUUGUGUAUUCAAUAAUUUCCAAUAAUCAUGCAAACACACUAUACAAAAAGAGGCCACUGUUAAUGUGAAUUUGAUGACAUCUUACAAUUUACAAAAGCCAAAAUGUGUUAUUAUGCAUAUAUAAUACAAAUGUACAUAUAUACAAAACACCACAUGCUAGAGAGGCUCCCAGAAGAAAGCCUUGAACCAACGAGUCUGUUUCGAUGACUUGAGCUGAAAUAAUGGUGAAGGCCUGGCACGUCGUCCUCUCACCCCCAAGGCACAAAAUGUGUGGGAACAGAUGCAUUUUGUAAAUACUCAUUUCAUGUUGGCGCCCACCUGUUAAUUACACAUCACUCAAUGUUGCAAUAUAACUGACAUUUAAAUUAUGAAGUGUAAGUAUCAAAAACACAGAUCUUACAGGCAUAGUGUUUUAGUAAAUACAUGACAUUGUUUGGAAGCUCCUAUUCAUUAAUACACAGCACAUGAUGAACAUCCCUGGUGAUAAUUAGAUGCUGGCAGGUAAAGUAAUUGUCACUGUUUCAUUUCACAUCCAUAUUGAAUUUGAUGGCCAGAAUUAGCAGCUAAUGCUACUGUCACUUUUUCAUAUUCACUUGACAUUAGAUUAUUGGAGGCCAAACUUACGGGCUGUGUGCAUUUCUCUGUGGACUGAGCGCUUUGAUACAGUAAUGAUACAGCAUCACCUAGACCUGCUUUAUAAUCAAAAAAGACAUGGAAGUCUCAUCUUAUACAAUAUGGGAUCUUUAAUAUUAAUGUACCAGAAAUUCUGCCCACCAUGUGUCAUGCAAAUGUCUGAAAGCAAGAUGGAUCUAGACAGUUUGACGAUGGCCAAGUGAGAAAAUGAAUGAACGAGAGCUGCUCAUUCAAAGUAACCCAACCAGCUGGUCAGCUGCGAAAGAAUCCCUUAAAUCCGCUUUAACCCAGCAUGAGCAACCUAACAGUGUGUAUUCAUAAUACCCCAAACAACCCAGAAUUAUGAACUAGCAUAAUUAACCCAACAAUCUGCACCACACAGCAUUUUUUUUGAGUGUACGACUUCCUGCUCAGCAUUUGCGAAUCUUACGUUUUAGAUUGUAAGGUCUCUAACUUUAACAUUUUACUCACAUUCAUUCAAGGUGUAUGGCUGUAGUAUCAAUAAAAGUUAAUGUGCAUGCUUUG